AUGGGAGACAAGGACAAGUCUAAGGUUCACAAGCUGUCCCUCAAAGGGUCGGCCAAGCUCGUGGCCGAAUUCUUUGAGUACUCGAUCAAUUCAAUCCUUUUCCAGCGAGGAGUCUACCCUCCGGAAGACUUUACAACUGUCAAGAAAUAUGGCCUCAACAUGCUCGUCACCUCCGACGACCAAGUCAAAGCUUACAUCAAGAAGAUCAUGUCUCAGCUGAAUAAAUGGAUGGCGGGUGGAAAGAUCUCGAAACUCGUCGUGGUUAUCACCAGCAGAGAGACCGGAGAACAUGUGGAACGAUGGCAGUUCGAUGUUGAGAUAUUCAAUAAGCACAAGCGGAGCAAGUCGGCUCAGAAAACGGGCGAUAAGGAGAACUCGGGUGACGCCGAGUCCGCAGCUCCCAUCGAGAAGACCGAAAAAGAGAUCCAAGACGAAAUCCAAGCAAUCUUCCGCCAGAUCACCGCGUCCGUUACCUUCCUCCCCGUUCUGGACGGCGACUGCACCUUCAACGUCCUGGUCUACGCCGAUGCGGACUCCGAAGUGCCGGUUGAAUGGGGCGAUAGUGACGCCAAAGAGAUCAAGAACGCUGAAAAGGUGCAGCUGAGAAGCUUUAGUACGAAUAAUCACCGGGUCGAGACGUUGGUCAGCUAUCGUCUGGCUGAUUAG